UUCUAAUCACUCUGAGAGAACAUAAAGAAAAUUCUUGAGAUUCUUUCGAAGAUCAGCUAAACCGCAAAAUUUCCCCUCUUUUUUGACUUUAAAAUUAAUUUACACUUGAGAGAAAAUUAUCUGGUUCGUUUUUGCUGCACUCCGCGGGCUUCCCUAAUUGGAUAAGAUAUCUCGGAAAUCAGAUUCAAGUCAGUCAGUCACUAAAAUGAGCUACUUGCGAUUGGACUCUCUCCCGGACCCAGGGAAUCGCUACGAGCUUGGGGAAGUGAUUGGCAAUGGAGUGUGUGGAAAGGUUUACCGAGCCAUCGAUACUCAGGUUAAUGGCAGGAGUGUGGCAAUUAAAGUUCAAUCCUAUGAUAAAGAAUUGAGAAUCCACAUCGAUGAGGAAUAUAGAGUCUUACGGGACUUCUCAAAUCAUCCGAAUUUACCACAAUUCUAUGGUGUUUAUAGGAAGAGGGUUCCUGGAGGCUCGGAUGAGAUUUGGUUUAUUCUGGAACUCUGUGAAGGAGGACCUGUUAUUGAUCUUGUUCGCCGUUUGGAUACUCUUGGGAAACGCUUGACUGAAGAGCAAAUUGCUUACAUUCUACGAGAAGUGGCUAAAGGCAUUUUAUAUCUUCAUUCCAAGCACAUUGUUCACCGCGAUGUCAGAGGAUCCAACAUUCUCUUGACCCAUGAAGGUGAAGUGAAAUUGUGCGAUUUCGGACUCGCCAGGGACAUCAAGACAACUCUUGGGAAGAGAGGAACCAACAUAGGCUCGCCGAACUGGAUGGCCCCGGAGAUAUUCUCUGGCAGCAGGAUCGAUGAUGAGGUGUAUGGGAGUCGUUGCGACGUGUGGGCUUUGGGAAUAACUGCCAUUGAAUUGGGAGAUGGAAAUCCUCCCUUCAAAGAUAUGCAUCCCACGAGAGUGAUAUUCCAGAUCAUGAGGAAUCCUCCACCAACUCUCUACCGUCCAGCCAACUGGAGCCAGAACUACAAUGACUUCAUCUGCGAGUGCCUUGAGAAGAAUCCUGAACAUCGUCCUUUUAUGGUGGAAGUCAUGGAGCAUCCUUUCUUCACUGAAUUGCCAGAAAAUGACUAUCACUUGUCACAGGAAUUGAAAGUGCUUCAGCAGAAUGUAGAACCGAGAAUUUUGGCAGAUCUUCCGCAAGAGAUAUCGAUUUUUAAUAAGUGCAUGAAGAAGUACGGUGCAAAGCCUGUAAAAAUGUACGUCGAGGAUUUGUCAGCAAUGGAAAGGCUUACUGAGGAAUCCAUUCUAAAUGAACUCCACUGUCGACUAAACGAUGGCCACUCGUACACGUUCGCAGGUGAUGUUCUUAUUUCUAUAAACUCCAACGAUUUAUCAAUCGACUAUCCCACGAGUUUUCAUAGCAAAUACAAGUUCAAGUGUCGUUCUGACAAUGCUCCACAUAUUUUCGCGGUUGCUGACAAAGCCUAUCAAGACAUGCUUCACCAUGAAGAUCCCCAACACAUAAUCCUGGCUGGGGAAAGCUUUUCUGGCAAGACUACAAACUACAAGCUUGCUCUCAAGCAACUCAGAUUUUUGGGAGAGGGGAAUCGCGAUAUCGCCGAAAAGGUUAUGAAAGCCUCAACUAUCGUCGAAGCGCUGACUCACGCAGGAACACCUACUAAUUCCAAUUCUACAAGAUGCAUUGUCCAGAAUCAGGUGACUUUCGGCGCCACGGGCAAGUUGAGCGGAGCAGUCUACAAUGUUUUCCUGCUAGAGAAAUCCAGAGUCUCCGCGAUUGACAUGACCCAAAGCAAUUUUCACAUAUUCUACUACUUCUACGACGGAUUGGCUUCACGCACUCGCCUGGGGGAGUUUAUGCUCGACUGCGGAAGGAAAUAUCGUUACUUGAGGAUUCCUGACAUCGCCGGAAACUGCAAAAGCACCCAAAUCCGGGACGACGUGGCGGGAAAUGCGGAGAAAUUUGCUGAAAUUGAGCAGUGCCUGGUUGAUUUUGGGCUGUCUGAAGAGCAGUUAACCUCUUUCUGCUGCAUUCUCGCGGCUAUUCUGCUCCUGGGUGAAUUGAACUUCCGGGAAGAGGAGGGUGUCGGCGAGCUUGAGAAUGUCGAGAUGGCGGCCAGGGUGGCCCGUCUGCUUAAAGUGGAGGAGAAGAAGUUUGUCUGGGCGCUGCAGAACUACUGCGUUGUGGAGAAAGGCUCAGCGGAAAGGAGGAGACAUACCGGAAAUGAAGCGCGCGAUGCUCGAGACGUUCUCGCUGGAGCGCUGUAUUCGCGACUUGUGGACUGGAUUGUCAACAUCCUGAAUCAUCAACUUACCAUCUCGCGAGCGAUUUUUGGUGACGCUCACUCAAUCACCCUAUUGGACAUGUUCGGCUUCGAGUGCUUCCCGCGGAAUCGUAUGGAGCAGCUCUUCGUGAACUGCUUCAACGAGCAGAUGCAGUACCAUUUUAAUCAGAGGAUGUUCGUCUGGGAGAUGAUUGAGCAGGAGGAGGAGCAGAUUCCUGUGAUUAAUUUCCGCUUCUACGACAACAAGCUGGCAGUGGAUCACGUCAUGGCCAAACCGCACGGACUUAUGACUUUCCUGGAUAACGCCUCCAGAUCCCGGCUGAGCCAUGACUUCAUCACGAACGCCAUCAACUCACGAUCCAGUCAGUUCGUCCGCCGCGUGACUCCAAACGAGUUCUCCCUGGCACACUACACAGGCCGCGUGACCUACGAUGCCAGAGACUUUCCGGCCAAGAACAGGGACUUCCUGCCGCCUGAAGUCGUGGACACUUUGAGAGCAUCUGUGAAUACGAUUGUGAAGACUCUCUUCACCAAUCAACUCACAAAGGCAGGCAAUCUCACGAUGCCCUUCGACGAAACUCAGCUGAACGUAUUUGGUGACCUGAGGCAGAGCAAAAGGUCAAAAUGGGGAGUCGCUCUCGUCAACGAGAGGCAAAUUAAAACAAAGAAAAUCAACACGUUGUCGCAUGGGGCGUACUCGCAAGUUCAUCAAAUGCGAACACUGGCAUCUGUUUUCAGACACACUUGCCUGGAAGUCCUUCGAUCUUUAGCUGUCGCGUCCACAAGUUGUGGCGUGCAUUUCGUGCGCUGCAUUAGGGCGGACUUGCAAAGCCAGCCCAGGGGCUUUCAGCCUGACAUGGUGAGACAGCAGCUGAGAGCGAUGGCUGUAGUGGACACGGCUAUCGCCGGCCAAAAGGGCUUUCCCUACCGCAUUCCAUUCCCUGAGUUCUUGCGGCGCUACAAGUUCCUCGCCUUUGACUUCAACGAGAACGUGGACAUGACGCGGGACAACUGUCGUCUUCUGCUGGUGCGACUCAAGAUGGAAGGCUGGGCCAUAGGCAAGACAAAGGUGUUCUUGAAAUACUACAACGUGGAAUUCCUCGCACGCCUGUAUGAAUCGCAAGUGAAGAAGAUCGUGAAGGUCCAGGCGAUGAUGAGAACAUUUCUCGCCAAGCGGAAUUUGGCUAGCAAAUUGAAAAAGUUACACCAUCAAGACUCAGUGGUGCCGUGUCAGCAGCCCGACGUGGAGAAAGCUGCUCUGUUCAUCCAGAAAGCUUAUCGUGGGUACAUCGUGAGAAAGCAAUAUGGACCCUUGAUUUGUGCAAAGACCGGCAAAAUUGACGCCUCCACAGCGGAUUUCGUGAAGGGUUUUGCCCACCGUUGGCGCUCAAAGUCAGUGUACCAAAUUCUGCUGCAGUAUCGCGCAGCCCGGUUCCAGGAUCUCGUGAACUUCUCCCAGCAGGUUCACAUCUUCAAUCAACGUCUCGUGGUGGGUGUCACUCUCUGCGCUAGCUGCGUUUUGCUGGAGCGGGUGGAUCCCAAGGAGACGGCGAAGAGUCUCUUGGGCAUCCGAAUGCCAGCCGUGUGGAAGCUCCCCUUUCGCUUGGACGACAUCCCCUUCUUCGACACAUCCUUCAUGUGCCACCCUGGGGGACAAAUGGCCCCACUUUCCGCGGAUUCGGAUGACGAGGCAUGGGACGCACCAAUGAAGCGUCGCACCAAUUUGUCAGCCGAAAUAGCGUCCGCCACCCACAGCGCCUUCGUGGACUCCGGCAUCCCGGCUGCUCAACUCUCGUACGGACUAAAGAGCAAUUCCAUCCUCAAUGAGCCCUUCUGUCGGGAAUUUACCAGUACUCCACUGAAGAGACGUGCUCCUCAGCCACCAACAAUACCACACUCACCCAGCAGCUCUCCUCCAGCUCGCUCUUUGACUCCCUACAAGCAUAUUAGCGUGGGUGAAAUGCUUGGAAAGUUUGAUGAUAGUGUGUUAAUGACGGGACGAAGUGUGGCGUAUAAGAAGCGACAAGCUCCUCAACCACCAAUCGAUAUAGCCAACGGACACAGUUCCAUCCCAAGAUCUGAAUCAGGAGCAUCAGAUUUGGAACAAAGAUGUAAUGUGGUGGAUUAUUCGCUAAGGAAAAUUGAUCCAGUGCGUGAAAUGAAAAUGCUCGCCGAGAGAAACAACAUGGAGGAGGAAGAGGACAAACCACCAUUCAACUUCCAGGGAAUGCUGCGGAAGACGGUCUAUAAUCGAGCAUCAAUGAAGCGCUCCACAGAGGGUAAGAUGUCCCUUCCUCAGGAGGAAUACCAUCAGACAAAUGGAAGUGUAUCUCCAACAAAUAACGUUGUGUUUGAGAGUCGUGUGUUGUCGCGUCCGAAGUCUUCGCAGGGCAUUCUAGAUGACAAUUUGAAUGAUUCUCUGAGUCCCAGUUCUAGCCAACGCUUGAGAAAACUCUCCUUACAGCAGGAAAAUCUUCUGAUUAUGGGCGAUUCCAAUGAGAACCAUCUUCAGACUCUUGGUGAGUAUAUUUGUGAAGAGAUUGCACCCGGAAUCAUUCUCGAAGGUUAUGCUGAUGAAGUUUGAACUUAAAACAACUUGCCCUAUUUAUUUAAUAGAAAUCAAUUCCACAUUAUUUAUGUUCUCACGAGUUAUUGUUUCUCGCCAGAAACACAUACGGUGAGCAAAAUAUAUAAUAAAUUAUGAUAUAUGUGA